CUUGUCUUGAGGCAGUUUUACUUGAAAGUCGGCCGGAAUCAGAAGCACGAGGGAUACCUCUGAAGAACAAUCAAGAUGGACGACGCAAUGAACGGCGGCAACUUUAAACACUACAACACCGAGCCUCCUACGGCGAAGCUCGUGAUGCCUCUUUUCUCCCUUAAGGGAAAGACAGCCAUCAUUUCGGGCGCUGGGGCUGGGAUAGGAUUGGCCGUCGCUCGUGGAUAUGCUGAAGCCGGUGCGAACGUUGCUAUAUGGUAUCACAACAACAAAAAGGCAUUGGAGCGUGCUGCUGACAUCGAGAAGGAGUUCGGGGUCAAGUGCAAAGCAUAUCAAGUCGACGUGAGGGAUGCAAAGGCUAUCGAUGAGGCCAUCGUAUCUCAGGUCAAGGAGUUCAACAACAGAUUGGACAUUUUUGUGGCCAACGCUGGUAUACCCUGGACCCAAGGACCCAUGAUCGGUGGUGAACUCGAACACUAUCAGAACGUCAUGAGGAUCGACGUAGACGGGGUCUUUUACUGUGCUAGAACAGCAGCGCGGAUAUGGAGAGAACAGAAGAAGAACAAGUUGGAAAACUUCAACUAUGGCAAGUUUAUUGCAACAGCGAGUAUGAGCGGUCACAUCGCCAAUAUUCCCCAGUUGCAGACUGCAUACAAUGCUGCCAAAGCUGCAGUCAAGCACAUGUGCCAAUGUCUAGCAAUUGAAUGGGUUCAAUUUGCCCGAGCCAACAGUAUCAGUCCCGGUUACAUUGCGACCGAGAUCAGCAACUUCGUUCCUCCAGAGACCAAGGAUAUCUGGCGGGACAAGAUCCCUAUGGGUCGUGAGGGUGAGCCCAUUGAGCUAGUCGGAGCAUAUUUGUAUCUUGCUAGUGAUGCUAGCUCGUACACGACAGGAACCGAUAUAAUCGUGGACGGAGGAUACUGCGCCCCGUAAAGACCAUGAAAAGAUGUCCCAAUGAAGAAUGUUCCCGAGCAAAGUUAAUUGCCAAUGAGAUCCAUCUUGUCGAACUGCAGGGUUUCUCUCCCAUCCAAAGAGAGUCAGAGACUUAUCCAGCAUCUCACUGUAUUCCAGCUUCCAGACUCG